AUGGCAACCUCGACCGCGAAUAUCAUAUUGCCCGAAAAGGGUAAACAAAACAUUCUUAUCACUAGUGCAUUGCCAUAUGUCAACAACGUCCCUCAUCUCGGGAAUGUAGUUGGUAGCGUACUCAGCGCCGACGUCUUUUCCAGGUUCAGCAAACUGAGAGACAGACCAACACUCUUCAUUUGUGGUACGGAUGAGUACGGCACUGCCACAGAGACAAAGGCUCUCGAGACUGGCCAAACCCCCCAGGAGCUAUGCGACGAAUUCCACAAGAAACACAAAGAUGUGUAUGACUGGUUCGAAAUCGCCUUCGAUUACUUUGGCCGAACAACAACGCAACAACAGACGGUGAUCGCACAGGAUAUAUUUACAAAGCUCCACAAGAACGGUUACUUGGAGGAACGAACAACAACGCAGCCGUACUGUGAAAGUCAUAGCUCGUUUCUUGCUGAUCGUUUCGUUGAAGGCACGUGUCCCAAGUGUCAGUAUGACGACGCACGGGGCGAUCAGUGCGACAAGUGUGGGAGUCUGCUUGACCCAUUUGAGCUGAUAAAUCCCCACUGCAAGAUCGACGGAGCUACGCCCGUACCCCGAGAUACAACUCAUAUCUUUCUACGACUCGACAAAGCUCAGCCUGCCAUAGAGAAGUGGUUUUCCAAGUCCAGCGAGCAAGGGGCUUGGCCACAGAAUGGCGUCAGCAUUACAAGAUCGUGGUUGAACAAGGGAUUGGAGGGUCGAAGCAUUACGCGAGAUCUCAAAUGGGGCACGCCGAUUCCGCUACCGGGAUAUGAGAACAAAGUGUUGUAUGUCUGGUUUGAUGCCUGUAUUGGGUACCCCUCGAUUACGGCCAACUAUACCAAGGAUUGGGAACUGUGGUGGCGUGAUCCUGAGAAUGUGAAGCUUUAUCAAUUCAUGGGCAAGGACAAUGUGCCAUUUCACACGGUCAUUUUCCCGGGUUCUCAAAUAGGGACUGGUGACAAAUGGACCAUGCUCAACCAUCUCUCUACUACAGAAUACCUCAACUACGAGAACGGCAAAUUUUCCAAGUCUAGAGGUGUUGGUGUGUUCGGAGACUCUGUUCAGGACACAGGAAUCCCACCCUCAGUAUGGAGAUAUUACCUUCUAGCAAAUCGACCGGAAACUGGUGACACGCAAUUCGAAUGGAAAGCCUUUAUUGCGGCUAACAACAGCGAGCUUCUAGCCAAUCUUGGCAACUUCGUCAACCGACUUAUCAAGUUUGUGAAUGCUAAGCUGGAAGGGGUCAUUCCCGAAUUUUCCGCCGAGUAUACUGAUCAGUCCUUCGACUUCCCGAUUUUCAUCUCUGAAGUCAACGAUCUACUCGCCGAGUAUGUCGCCGAUAUGGAGGCAGUCAAGCUGCGUUCCGGAUUGCAAAAACUCAUGCAAAUAUCCGGCAAAGGGAACAACCUUCUCGCUGGCAGGUUGGAUAACGCCAAUCUGACUGGAGACCCAACAAGGACACAUACCAUUAUUGGUCUGGCAAUGAAUUUGGCUUACCUUCUCGCCUCCCUUUCAUCUCCAUUCAUGCCCUCGACCGCGACCUCCAUUGCGCAACAGCUCAACGCCCCUCUAGUUUCUAUUCCCGAUAAAUGGGUAGCCGAUGCUCUACCAGGUGGCCACAAGAUUGGUAAAGCUGCCUAUUUGUUUACCAGAAUACCCGAGGAGAAGGAAGAAGAAUGGAGAAUUAGAUAUGGAGGUACGCAAGCCACUCGACUAGCAGAAGAAGAGGCCAAGGCCAAGAAGGUAGCCGACAAGGCUCGAGACAAGGAACGUAAAAAAGCGAAGAAGGAAGCUGCUAAGAACAGCGAGUCCUCUGCAAGUAUGGAACCUAAGAAGAGCGAAGGUAGCGCGCAGACGGUUGAAGCAGAGAGCAAAGAUUCUACAGAGAAUGCCCUGCCCAUAAGAGGCGUAGUAGCGGAGGAACAGGCCCCACCACCUGCAGCAGCUCCAUAA